CCGGUUCCACCCAUGCCGAAGACCACAUCGGACCAACAGCCCCGAUCCAGCGUCUGCGUCGACACUAGAAACUCUCCGGCGGGAUGGAUUUCUUAGAUCACGGCUACUUGGACCCGCGGUCUCCGUACGACUACACGUUCAAUUUCUGGAACGACUACCUGGGCUUGUCGACUCUCGUCGCCAAGAAUAAGAUCGCCACCUCGUCCCGACUCGGUCCCAACUCCAUAACCGAGUCCCUGAAGGCGACGCUGGGGCUGGACGACUCCCCGAUGUGCUCGUGCGCUGCGGCGGCGCACGGCGCAGACGGCGACGGACACUCGGACUGCUGCUGCUGCUCCUGCAGCUGCUCCUGCCCCUGCCCCUGCUGCGGCUGCGCACCUCCCGGCUCCCCCCCGAUCUCCAUCCUCCAUCUGAAGGAGCGUCUGUCCCUCCUCGGGCCGUACGAGCGCCUCGCCGGCGACUCGCCGGCGGACGGGAGGGAGCCGUCGGCGUGCAGGGGGGCGCUCGGCGGGCUCGACCUGCUCGCCAUGGCGGAGCGGAGGCGCAGGCAGAGCCAGAGGAGUAAACCGGAGCCGCGCGUGUGCGUCUUCUGUCGGAAUAACGGAGCGCCGGAGGAGGUGUACGGCUCUCACAUCCUGAAGGCGGCGGACGGCCGGGUGCUGUGUCCCAUUCUCCGGGCGUACACCUGCCCCCUGUGCAGCGCCAGCGGAGACAACGCGCACACCAUCAAGUACUGCCCGCUGUCCAAAGACCCGUCCAGCCAGCGGGCCGUCAAGGGGGCGAGGGCGGUCGGCAAGAGGCUGAAGAUCUUUUAAACGCGAAGGGAAUCUUUGAAAUUUGUUUUUUUUUUCUUUCUUUUUUUACCUCCAUUUGAGAUUGCACUGUAUGAAAAUUACUUUUUUUUUGGUUGUUGUUGUUGUAUGGCAGUACUCGUUUUCGUUGUCGUUACCCCCGAUUCAUGACAAGUCUAGAGAAGAGUCGUUGAGGUUUUAACAAGUUGGGUUUUUUUUAUGGACCUGAUUUUCA